GGGGCGCACCCCGAGAGAAGCUUCCAACCCAAGCAACUUCUCCCGCACUAUGAGCUGAUUUGGUCCGGGACAGACGAGGGAAGAUGGCGGCCACUGACCAGUCCCGGUCCGAAGCUGCCAAACAGCGACGGCAGGAUCAGCUGCAGCGAUGGCUGGGCUCGGAGACGGACCAGACUGACUCGGAAGCUCGGGAUACAGCGAGUAGCUCGGGGACACGGCGGCCGAGAGUCCGCUUCGCCCAGGGAGCCGUGUUUAUGGCCGCCUGCUCCGCCGGGGACCGAGAGGAGGUGGCGGCGCUUCUCCGCCAGGGAGCUGACAUCAACCACGCCAACGUAGACGGGCUGACAGCGCUCCACCAGGCCUGUAUCGAUGAGAAUGCAGAGAUGGUUCAGUUUCUGGUGGAGAGCGGGAGCAACGUCAACACGGGCGACAAUGAGGGCUGGACCCCUCUGCACGCCGCGGCAUCUUGUGGCUUCAUACAGAUUGCCAAGUACUUUAUAGAACACGGUGCCCACGUCGGCGCGGUGAACAGUGAAGGGGACCUUCCUCUGGACGUGGCCACGGAGGACCCCAUGGAGAGAUUGCUGAAAGCAGAAAUCAAAAAGCAAGGAAUUGAUGUGGACCAGGCCCGAAAGGAGGAGGAGAGGAUCAUGCUUCAGGAUGCCAAGGCGAUGCGAGACAGUGGUGGCACUCUGACACCUCACCCAAACACGAAGGCAACAGCUUUGCAUGUUGCAGCAGCCAAAGGAUACAUCGAAGUUUUAAAAGUGUUGUUACAAUGUGGGGUGGAUGUGGAUAGCCAGGAUGUUGAUGGUUGGUCGCCCCUGCAUGCAGCAGCUCACUGGGGGCAGGAGGAGGUGUGCACGAUGCUUACAGACCACAUGUGCGAUAUGAGGGCCGUCAACAACGUGGGCCAAACACCUUUCGAUGUAGCAGAUGAGAACCUAGUGGACACACUUGAGGAGCUGCAGAAGAAACAGAAUGCUUUACGCACAGAGAAAGAGAAACAGACUCCUGUCAUCGAGACAAGCCUGCAAAUCUCCACAGUACCAGUACGCACACGCAGGACUUCGAUCUCGCGCAUGAGCAGUAAGGAAAAAAUCUGCCUCCAUGAGCGGGAGAAGCACCCGCCACCUGCCUUGCAGAGCAGCCCCGCGGAGGACGAGGAGGACGAAGGCCAAACCGCGCGGACCCAGUCACAAAUACAGCCGAAAGCCUCCAGUAGCUCCAGCUCAGAGGAGGAGAGCGAAUCAGAGAGUGACGCUGAGUCUGAGAAAGCAAAAAACCGAGAGAUCAUAAAUAACUUGAACAACAAACGCAACACCAGCAGCCUCCUUCCUACCUCCAUGCCAGCAGGCACUGCUGCAAACCAAGUCAAAAAGGAACCAGGAAAAACCCCAGCCACCGAGGCGCCGGGCUCGUGGAGGACAUCACUGAGGAAGGCAGGCAGCUCGGUAACUCUGGCCUCAUCUGAAUUGACUGACUCCAGCCCAGACCAGAACAAGCCUCCGGAGUCAGGCCUGGGGAUGACCCGCUCCGCUUCCAGUCCCCGUCUCAGCUCUGAGACUGACCCCAAGGAGCCAAGACUUGCCCGAGUUCCUCCUAUUCCAACAAGGAGACUCUUCAGUAUUCCAGACAGUAGCCCUGACAACUCCAACAGUUGGCUGAGUCGUAGCUCAUCCUACACCCGUCGCCUUCACAGCCAAUCAGGGAAUGACCUCACUAGCUCCAACCCCUGUUUGCCUCGCAGCUCCUCUUACGGAAGGAGACUGGAUGAAGCCAGCAUGAACUCAGGUAGCACAGGAAUAAGCACAUCUGGACUCAGUCGCCUUAACAGUGCUUUGGCACAGAGACUUCCUCAGGAACAGGCUGAGAAGACUCAUCAGUCAGCGUUGGACGCCAGCGCCAACCCUCAGAACACAACCGGCCCUGAAUCCGAGACCAAGCAGCGGCGCAAAUCUUAUCUGACACCAGUUCGGGAUGAGGAAGCAGAGGCACAGAGGAAAGCUCGCUCGCGGCACGCACGGCAAUCUCGUCGCUCCACUCAGGGGGUGACGCUGACAGAUCUGCAGGAAGCUGAGAAGACCAUGAAGACCAUGAAGCAGGACAACCAAGCAAGCGAAAAGAAGGAUGAAGAUGAGAAGGAGAAAGAGAGAGAAGCAAAGUCUAAGAAGGGAGAGGAAGGGGAAGUGAGCUGGAGGUCUCGGAUAGCCAGCCUGCAGAAGUCUGACCUGCUGGGUCUCACGCAGCCCGCCGGCACCCCACGGCCUCAGACCACCGACAGGAGAGCGACUGAGGCCAGUGUCGGGGAGAGCGAGACUGAGCGAUGGGCCCAGGAGCGCAGGGAGAGGAGACAAGCUCGGGCCAGGAGGAAGGCUCAGAGGAGCGGGGAGCUUGAUGACAAUGAUCCCAGCGGAGAAGAAGAAUUCUCGGGCAGCCGGCUAGAUCCGCAGUCAGACCAGCUCUUGGGUUCCAGACUCAGGUCCAGUGCACACUGUAAUGAGGGCUGCGAGAGCAAGGAUUUCAAAAAGCUGUUUGAGGAGGUGACCAGAGAAAACAGCCAGCUGCAGUCUCAACUGCAGGACACGCAGAGGAUUGUCAGUCAGACACGGCUGGAUCUAGAAAAGGCCACACAGAGACAAGAGCGCUUCACUGACUGUUCAGCCCUGCUGGACCUCGAGAGAAAGGACCGCAGGAUGCUGGAGCGGCGAAUGGCAGAGCUGGAGGAGGAGCUGAAGGUUCUGGUUGACCUGAGAGCAGACAACCAGCGGCUUAAAGAUGAGAAUGGAGCACUGAUCCGUGUCAUCAGCAAACUCUCCAAAUAGACAGAGAUGGGGCGGGACGCAGAAAGCAGGGACCCUCCUUCUUCUCUGCCUCCUCCUUCCAUCCAUCCCUCCACACACAUUCCUCUCCAAGCCAAAGAGCAAGAGGAGGGGGCAGCCGAACGUUGACUAGGCUUGUGAUGCCUUUCAAACAGCUGCAGUGGCUUUUGUGUGCCUUGUCUGUUUGUCACAGGAAGCGUUUUGGUGUGACUGACUGGUCCCACAGAAGCCAAAAUGUCCACUUUGUACCACGAUUGUUCAUUGGACUGGCUGUGCACCCCCCUAUGUGUGCAUCCUAUACAUCUUUUGAUGCACAUCCCCUGAGAGCACAAGGCCAAACGGUCUGAAAUCUCCCACUUGGUAUUUAAUUUUUGUGAACACAUUUGCGUCACACAUUCACAAGUUUGUCUGACUGGCCGUCCUGUUCUCGUGAUAUCGAACAGGAAAGAUUUCGUCGAAGAUUCAGCCAAAAGCUGUUUUCUCAUCACAUGGAAGUGUUUGAACCCACCUACCUCUCCACCUAUGCACCCUCCCUUACCCCCAUAUAGGUUUUUAUUUUUUGUGACCACACACACACACACACACACACUCACUCACUCACUCACUCACUCACUCCAUGCUCUUAAAUGAAAAGACCGCAAAGCCAGGUCACGGCACUUUACUCUCCGCAAAGCAAUAAAAGACGCGCAAAACAAAAUGGCUGUUCAGUCGAAGCCUAUUAAGCUAUGAAUGUUUUUUUAUCAUUGAUUAAAAAUGUCAUAGUUUUUAGUUGUAAAUUCCUCUCUCCCAAGAGAGCAUGGUUAUGUAUAGUAUAUGUGUAUAAAUAUUAGUCUAAUAAUACCCUUUUUGAAGUAAAAUGCCAUUUAGCCUUCCUUCACAUGUUGGUUUUCUAAUAUAUUAAAAUGUCUGCACCUCAAA